GAGCUCGCAACUCCACUGGACAUAGCUGUGGGGCUGCUUGCGUGAAAACCUUCUUUGCCUGUACUCCUGCAGCUUCCACUCACUGAAAAACACGCAGCUAGGCCUGAAAGUCUACAGCAAACGACUUCUGCAAAGCCCAAUAUGGCAGCGCCCUAUAAUGCGACGAUUUUGCGGGUUGUAGCUGCGGACCGGCCCCCAUUCAUCUACUCCAACUCCUCCUCUCCCUAUGGCUGGUCUGGUCUGCUGGUAGAUCUCCUGCCUGUUGUGCUCGCUUUGGCUGGGCUUAAUGCAACAUUGAAGUUCCACAAGUCGCCAAGCAACACCGGAGGCGUCCUCCAGAAUGGGACUUGGACAGGUGUAGCGGGGGAGAUGAUUUAUGGUCGUGCAGACAUCGCUGCUUUCCCUUUCAGUCAGAGUUGGGAAAGGCUUCCUUUCAUGGACUUUACUUUCCCCUUCGAUGGGCGAGGGCUUGCCAUCCUGAUCAAGAGGCCGAUUGCAUCAGACGCUGCCUCAGUCUUUACCAAGCCCUUCGCACCUUCCUUGUGGGUUCUUGCGGGUUGCACAGUGAUUGGCUUUGCUUUGGUGUUAAAUAUCUUGAGCUGGAUGUCCCCUCUUGGGAACUACAAAGUUGUGCGGAUCCGGAACAUGAGGACGCAAGCGGAGGAACAGCGCUAUGUGCUACAGGAUACCUCCAAGUCAUACCUAGUGGACGUUCUUAUGACCCUCAAUCAGAACGCCCCCAUGCCCCGAAGCCGAUCUUGGUCCAUCCGCAUCUCAAGUGCUGGGUUCUACUUCUUCAUGAUCAUCUUGAUCUCUGCAUACACGGCAAACUUCACCUCUGUGCUGACAGCCAAUCAGCUCAUCCCAACCGUUACUAGUUUGCAAGAUAUCCUCAGGAGUAAUGAGAGUUUCGCAGUGAAUUCCGGGGGAGGCUACUACACAUACAUGACACAAAGCACUGACGCACAGAUCCUCACUCUUCAGCCUCAACUAAAGACGGCAAACGCAACGAUAGGCGGUGUGGAGGCCGUUCGCUCAGGACGCGUUAUCGCAUACAUCACAGAGUUGCCAUCACUUAUCUACUUCGCAGGAUUAAAGCCUUGUGAUUUGGAAGUUGUUGGUACCCCGUUCGGGCCUGCCGUGCUUGUCAUGGGCUUGCAAAAAAAUUCUUCGUACACGAAACCAAUAAAUACAGCGAUGGAACGUCUCAAAGCGAACGGCUAUUUAGACACGUUGAACAACAAGUGGAUCUACAAUAGCAGUCAAUGCGCAUCCAUAUUGGGGCAGGAGGAUGAAGCUGGGGCGUUGUCCCUAGACGAUUUCAGCGGACUCUACCUCGUUCUACUCCAUAUUAUCUUGAUUUCAUCCCUGUGGGUGGCGUUUGAAAAGUCUGCCCUUGUAGUGCUUUCGCGGCAUCCAAGGCUGGCUGAGAAUCUUGCCGCUCUCAGGGCUGCCUUCAGGCGUAGAAAGAAGAGGUUUGAUCUUGUGAGGGCCUUCUCACAGAGUCACGAGACCGCUAACAGUGCAAAUUGGUGGCGGGCGGUUUACCGGGCUAUAGCGCGGAAAUAUGUCUCGGGCGCCGUAGCAGUUAAAUUUUGCCGUGCGGGCCCUCUGCCCGAGUUCCGGGUGCGGCCAAAAUCGCCCUCGGCAGCAAAUCGGCCCGACAUGCGGAGCUUUUUGCUCGAGUUUAAUCUUGGUUCAAACGCCCCGAAUGCCACGGACCGAUCCUGA